CGGGCGGUCCGGAGGGAGGCCGGGCCCCACGGUGGCCGUGGUAGCGGCGGAGGCGUCGCUCCUCGCGCACAGGCCGGCGUGUCCGCCCGGGGAGGAUGAAGACAUUGUUCGAAGAGAUCAAAGCAUCAAUUACAAAUAACUAUAAUCAAGAUCGUUCAUUCUGGAAGCCCGUCCUCCCCUGGGGUGGCGUCUUUACCAUUAAGGCCGGCCGCAAAGCCGUCUCGUGCACACCGCUCUAUGUCGAGAUAAGCCUGAAAAACACCUGCACUAUUGAUGGAUUCUUAAUGUUGUUGUAUGUCAUUCUUCACGAGAAUGAAAGUUUCCCCAGGGAACUCUCUCUCCACUUGGGGAGGGAGUUUAUUGACUGUUUUCUGUACUUAAUGGACACCUACAAUUUUACAACUGUAAAGCUGCUCUGGAUUUGGGACAAAAUGGAGAAGCGGCAGUACAAGUCGGAGGUCCACAAAGCCUCCUUGGUAAUUGACUUGUUUGGAAACGAGCAUGAUAAUUUUACGAAGAAUUUGGAAAACCUCAUGUCCACCAUCCAAGAGAGUUAUUGCUCCAACUGGAGGUGUCCGACUCGGGCCCAGGAAGAUCAGCUCCGAACGAUAAACAUAAAUCCUCCCCAAGAAAUUCCACAUGGAAACUUGAUUCGCCUGGCAGUGGCUGAAUUAUUCUGUUCCAAGAUAGAACUAUGUGGAGAGCGUGGCUGUGGUGGAUUAAGGGAAUUCUCCCCGCGUAUUUUCUGUCAUGGGGCACCACCUUUUGUUGUGUUAAAUAUGCAGCAUUGGAAAUCAGAAGACCUGGCUUAUGUACCCUAUCACUUGGAUUUGUCAGAUCACAAGUACCUGUUGGAAGGUGCCACGUUAUUUAACAAAGAGGAGCACCAUUAUUCAGCAGCUUUCCAGAUUGACGGGAAUUGGAUGCACUACGACGGUCUCAGAAACGUGAAUUUAAUUUUGUUAAAUAAACCACCAGAAUUUCUUCUCUUGUCAUCGUUAGUUUAUAUCCGAGCAACAGAGAAGUGACUGUGGGCCGGCGUGAGUUGAAAUUGUGUUCCCUCCUGCCCCCUCCGAGUUAAGGGCUCUGAUUUUAGGCUUACUUGGUAUCCAAGAAAACAGUUGAACUAUACUAGUUUCAGAGUUGUUUUAGAUUAUUUUUGUCCCAGGUUAAAAAAAAAAAUUUAUACGCAGAGAACUAUGCAAAAAUGGGAUUGAUUCUAUUUCUUGAGGUAUUUUUAUACAGGCAUAUUUUAUGCUGAAGGAAAUAAAGUCUUAUAUUCAUUAUGUUUUUUAUUCGCCUAACAGUACAUGUGUUUAAAUUUGUUUGCACUUUUAAGUCUAGAAAAGGCUGGUUGCAUUGGGAUUUCUGUUAUUCUUGCCUAGAGUGGGAGCUUUUCUCUAUCAUGAUUCAAUGAAACCCCCUCCCACUGUGCUUCCAAACGCAAAGCCUCUCCUGUGGGAGUUUACAAGCCCUUGAACGGGGAAAAUUGGAAACAACCUUGGUUCUUCAGCGUACACACUGUGUUGAACCAUCAGUUAAUUUGGAUGUGUACUUUGACAGUUGCUUUGGUGCUAUUCUGUCAGGCUUUCUCCCCACCCCGCCGCCCCCGCUACCGAUUUACUCAUUCCAUACGUACCGAUAAUAUUCGGCCUUCUGCUGUGAUUUCCCUGUCAGCUGAUGUUAAUGUCACUUAUGGAACUGGGUAAAGUGGAUUUUUGGUGGUUGCUCUGCUGCUGUUGAAGUCUUUACUUGCUAAAUUCAUUUUCUGUCUCCCUCCACAAGUUUUGGCUGAGUUCCCGUGGAGUGCCUAUUUACUGUGCUCGGCUCCCAAGCAGUUGUUGUUCUUAAGCCACGUAACUCACCUAAAAAAUGUUUCAUUUCCUAGUUAAGGAAGUGGCUGAAAUAAUUCUAAUGCAUAAUGGUAAACUUUCCGUGUUUGGGAUGU